AACAAUAUAUAGGGUAGCAGGCCUCCAUCGCGACAUGUCGCUGCGUCCGUGGAAACUCCUUCUGCUUUCAUCUUGCCUCCUCCUCCUCCAUGCAACCACUGCAGUGUUCGUGUCAAGGCGGGAGGCGUCUCGACUGCUGCGAGUGCGCAGAGUCAAUGACCACGGGCUGGAGGAGUUCCUCCCAGGCUCCCUGGAGCGCGAAUGCAUGGAGGAGCGUUGCAGCCUCGAGGAAGCCAUGGAGAUCUUCCCCGACAAGGAGGCGGCGAAAUCAUUCUGGUACAAAUACGCAGAUGGAGACCAAUGCGCCUCGAGCCCCUGCCACGCGGGGACGUGCAAGGACGCGCUCAACUCGUACUCGUGCGUCUGUCCAGACGGCUACCAAGGCGUCAACUGCGAGAUCAACACGCGCACGUGCGGCUACCGGAACGGAGGCUGCGAGCACUUCUGUUCUGAGCGAGGGAACAACGCCAGCGUGCGCUGCGGUUGUGCCGAGGGCUACGCGCUCAUGGACAACGGCACGUGCUCGCCACAGGUGGAGUUUCCAUGCGGACGGAGACAAAGACAAAAAGAAGCCAAGCACAGAGGUGGCGAUGACCUGAGGAUUGUCAAUGGGUGGAGGUGUGAGCCUGGAGAAUGUCCCUGGCAGGUGCUGCUCGUGAGCUACGAGACGGGGAAAGGCUUAUGCGGAGGGGCGCUGCUGAACGACGAGUGGGUCAUCACAGCCGCUCACUGCAUUGUGGGAGCGAAGACCCAGGGCGGCCUGGCCAAUUACGUGAUCAUUGGUGAGUACGACGUGGACGUGUUGGACGGCUCGGAGCAGUAUCUGCCGGUGCGGCGUGUGGUGCUGCACAAGCGGCACGUCGCCCCCUCUUCCUCCUCCUCCUCCUCCUCGUCGUCGCCGCUGCCGCCGCUGCCCGGUCCGCGCCGCCGCGACUACGACGUGGCGCUGCUGCAGCUGGCGACGCGCGCGCGCCUCGGCCCCAGCGCCGUGCCGCUUUGCCUGCCCUCGACCUCGCUGUCCGAGCAGCAGCUGCUCAUGCCGGGCAUCCACGGCCUCGUCAGCGGAUGGGGCCGCCUCGGCGAAGGCGCGGCACGAGCUAGCGUGCUGCAGGCCGUGAGCGUGCCCUUCGUGCCGCACGCGGAGUGCGUCAGGGCGCUGGGCUCCGCCGUCACGCGCAACAUGUUCUGCGCGGGGCGCAGCGCGGACGACGACGGUGCCGGUGGCGGCGGGAGGCUGGGCGACGCUUGCGGCGGGGAUAGUGGCGGCCCCCACGCCACUCUUUACGGGGACACGUUCUUCCUGACGGGCAUCGUGAGCUGGGGCGACGGGUGCGCGCGGAGCGGCAAGUAUGGAGUCUACACCAAGGUGUCGCGGUUUGUGCCGUGGAUCCGCGAGGUGAUGGGACGCCCCGAAGUGAAGGCCGCCCUCCCCUCGCCGCCCGGGGCGGACUCACGCGAGCGCAGCUCCAGCCAGGCUCCUGCUGCUGCUGGUGGUGCAACACAAGAGGGGACAUCGUGACACAACAACAACAACAACAUAAUCAUCAUCUUCUUGGUUCUUUCGGUAAAGUCACGUAGA